UUCUGGCUGUUGGUAGCUGCAGAUUUGUAACAACUUCAAUCCAAUUCUCUUUGUUUUUCCCAUAUUCGUGGUAAAUCAUCAUAUUCAUUCUCAUUCCUCGGCAACAUGUCCGGCGCAGCGAAGCAGCGUCUCCAAGCUCUCAGCCAACAACUGGUCGAGGGGAUCCCCGAUGCUGGAACAUUCGAGGAUAUUCCCAAGAUUCGCCAGGUAGCUGGGGAUUCUACCGGACCCCGAGUGAAAGACAAGGUCGUCAUCGUCACGGGCGCAAACUCUCCCAACGGCAUCGGCCGCGCAAGCGCCCACCACUACGCCCACAACGGCGCCAAAGCAGUCUACAUCUGCGACUACGACGACACCUACCUCGCAACCCACAAACGCGAGCUCGCAUCCCUCUAUCCCAGCGUCGACGUGCACACGCGCCAAUUCGACGCGGGCGACGAAGCAGCCGUUAAAGCUGUUGUCGGCGACGCCGUGAACACGUAUGGCCGGUUGGACGUGUUCUUUGCUAAUGCGGGGAUCGUCGGCCAGCCGAAGAUUUUCACGGAUAUCGAGGGGGAGGAGUUUAUGGAGACGUUGAAGACGAAUACUUUGGGAGUCUUCUUGGCUGUUAAACACGCCUCUAUCGCCAUGAAACGCACUUCGGAUUCGAAACCUUUCUCAUCAGGUUCUAUCAUCUGCACCUCAUCAGUGGCCGGUCUACGCUCCAACGCUGGCUCAACCGAUUACUCCGCCUCCAAGGCUGCCGUGGUCUCCAUCGCCCAGACAUGUUCUUUCCAGCUCGCUGGUUCGGGGAUCCGUGUCAACGCCAUCUGUCCUGGAAUAAUCGAGACGGGCAUGACGCAGGCGGUGUUUGAUGCUGCGCGGGCUAGAGGCACGCAAAAGAAGAUUGGACAGUUGAAUCCUCUGAAAAGGGGUGCGGUUGCUGAUGAAGUGGCUCGUGUCGCGCUGUUUUUGGGCAGUGAUGAGAGUAGUUAUGUGAAUGGGCAGGCAUGGGCGGUUUGUGGAGGGUUGAGUGCUGGUCACCCCUUUGUGCCCGGAAAGUUGGCAUAAUCGUCAUGCUCGAGACGUUUUGAUAUGUAUUGCAUUACAAUCCAGUGAAUAUGGAUGUCUUGAUCAUAAGAGUACGAUUAGAUAUUUGAAAUAACUGAAGAAUCAAUUCAAUUUAAUCCGAUUCUGAGGGGGUUACGAACGGUGAUCCGCCCGUUCAACAUGACAAGGGCUUUGGAAAUUCGGCCCAGUUGAGAGACAAAGGAGAUACACGAGUGAAUGAGGGGUCGGCCCAGAUACGGCACCGAUAAUGGACCAGUCCAGUUCUCUCACAGAAAGUUCAAGAAUUGAAACUGGAGCAAGAAUGUAAGGCGUGAGAAGUAAAAAGGUAAAAUGGUGAAAG